AGAAAAAAAGAAGACGGAGGAAGCAUCAGAUAUCGUUGAGAAAGUGAACUAAAACAAAAGCAAAAUACCGAAUGGUUACAAUAGCUGGUAGAUUCAAAUGCAAAUGAGAUUUCAAAAUCAAACCUUCGGCGCGCUUUGUCCGUUGUUGGCAUUUCUUCUUCCAAAUGACUCUAUGUCACUAUCAGCGGAAGUAGCUCAAUUCAACCGUGCGCAAAUCCAACAAGCAUUGUCGUCACCAAGUGGGAAACUUACUUUCUCGCCAGAAAUAGUAGUCCCCGAAGCGAGAGAUCCCACGGCUAUUCUCUUGCAAGGUCCUGCCAUCACUCAACUUUCGACGAACAUUCGAAGCAGGGCAAAGGCAAACGUUGCAUUCGUGACAUCUGAUGCUUUGGGUACCUUUCGUACGUUUUGCAAGGAACAAGAAGAAGCAAGAGGAAAUUUUCCGGGUCCAGUUCCCAUUAUUUAUUGCGGUGCUGAGAAUGACGAAACCAAACGAAUUGUAGAAGAUUUGCCAGAAAUUGCAGACACGGGUGUUGCGGGGGUUUUGGUAUCAAUCAACGGAGGGUCUGAAAUUUCCUCAAUGGGUGACAUUUCCGGAGACGACAGUGAGCCUUCAUCUUGGUUAAAAAUAUGCAAGAAUGCCAUUGAAUGCGGACUCCAGCCUAUUCCGGAAGUUGUUGUCAAAGAUUCGACGGCAGCGUUGUGGAAGGAGGAAGAAAUGGAAGCUCUUGUCGACAAAUUAUCCGAAUUGAUGGGGGAAGAUCCUGUUUCCAUCGUGCUCACUAUCAACCCAACUUCUAGUGAGGAAGAUUCCGAAGCCACAGAUCUGCCCCUGCCUUCCAUCUCAAAAUCGGUCGGAAAAAGAGUUUCCAUCAUGAAAUCGGUUCAAACCGCAGCCGGAGGAGGUCAGCUUGGGGAGGCCACUCGUCUCAUCAAGGCGUCCGGAUUCACGGGUGCAUUCCUUCGGCGAGAAUGCGUGCCUGGUUUUCCAGCAAGUCCAAAUGUUGAAUUUUCAUCCGACUUUUGGAGUGCAUGCAUUGGAGACUUGAAGAGUACCCGCAGCAAGACCUUUAAUUUCCGAAGUAAAAAUAACAUGGAGACGCAGCUUGCAACACAGUGGGCCAACUAUCAGCAAGAUGUAAUGGAUAGCGGGGCACUCGGUGAUAUGUCAGACGGUCCUCCGCCUGGCUUUGAUGCAGAAGGUGGUGAUUAUCAAGGAUUUUAAGCUAGUAGUAACAAAUGAUGGUAUUCACCUUGAUUCAUCUUUCCUUCUUUGUGCUGUUGGAACCAUGCAAAUACAGUACUGUAACAACAAUAGCAGCGACAACCAGUCUUUUAGUCACUGUAAAUUAUCAAAGAAUGAAAAAAUGUUUUGCGUUAAAUUAGAUUAUCGAUAAAUUACUUAAAGAUCCAAUCAUGCUCAAGCGGAUACCAACCGUCUAGAAAAAGAAAAGUAGCAUACAUGUAUCGCUGGGGUUGAUUUUAGAAAGCACGACACGUCAGUGAAUAGCACACUUUUCUCUACUUUCCACGGCCUAGGUCAAACUCUAGGGGUCAGCUCAUACCGUCCCAUUUCGCGAGUGUUGAAAGAUCCGCAAUGAGAACAUUUUUGGCCGACAAAAUGAUACCGGCAUUGUCCUGUUUUUUCGCAGUCUUGGCAAUACGUAUUGACCAUAGUAUUUUGGAAUGCAGCGGGCAUAGGUUGCAUGCGAAUAGCUUGGUCCAAGAGCGAAAAAUAUUCAGUCAUGUCUUCCAUGCAUCUCAUGCAAAGAGGGCACGUGUAGUUCUGACCACGGCAGUAUUCAUUGUAGCAAGAAAGAUGCAUUACAUGACCACAUCGGAGACCUUUGAGGCGUUCAGUGGAACUGAAUAAUGUAUCGUGACAAAUUGGGCAUGAUCCCUGUAGUUUUUGUGGAAUGCAACGAUGAUGCUUGUCUUCAAGUGACACACAGGCAUUACACCGCAUGCAAUGUCGAAAAUCAAUGCCGAGUCCUUUUCCCAAUCUACAUGUAUUGCAGUAUGGGCAGUGAAAGAUGGGACGUGAGCGGUUGUCAUAAAGAUUGCAUAUGUCACAAAAGUAUUUUGCAAAACCUUUUUCAUGGAGCUCGCACUCUCGGUUCACGCAAUAUUUCGCGGCCGGCUGCAAGGAUUUACAUUUCAUACACGUGAUCUCGGUAACGGCAUACCGAUCCAGGGGUGGCUUUUCCUUCUCGUUCGGUGCUGAUGCUUCACGAUCUUGGUCGGCACAAAGUCGACACGUGAAUAGACUGCCAGUUAUUGGGUGUCUGAGUUUGCAAGCCCUCGGGUAGUGAUGGCAACCUAACACGUCUCCAGAUGUUGUUCCGUCGUGAUAGGUAGGAGCGAGUUCGGCUGCCGUAAACUUCGGGAUGAAUUGUUCCGGUAUACGGUUUACAAUUUCGUUCUUGAAAUUGGUAUUGUCGUCCAUUUUCCAAACGCAAACAAUUCUUCCAGUUGCAUCCCUCUGGUAGUAUGCUGAAGGAAAAUGCAAAUGUUUACAACUGUUGGUGUUGCUUGUGUGACUUUUGGUCUGGUUGUCGGUUCUUGCAAUCUUCCCCGUAAGUUGUUGAUUCCGUUUCCAAACCGAUGCACGAAGACCCUGAAUCGUUGUGUUUUUCUCCCUGGGUGUCAGACUCGGAUUUGUGACCACGGCCCGGAUUAGCUUCUGUAGAUUUUCCUGGCUGGUGAUUUCGCCAGUUGGCUGGCAUUUAUUGAUGGUCUGCGAAAGCGAUUCUGCCAUAGAAUUUAUCGGACCUGGUCCCUUCCCCUGUGAAUCAUUACCAGCUUGCCUCUUGUUCCUGGAGAAUAUUACCCCCGCGUCGUUGUCACUGGUUCCUCCCGGGGAAGACUCAGCCGUCACCGAGAGAUCUGCAACAGAUGCAGAGCGUUUUCUUCUUGUGCCACCUAGAACUCCUUCCGCCCCAGUGUUCGUUCCAGAGACGCCGUCCUUUAUAUCGUUUCCUCCCUCCCACCCCGUCAUAGACAAC